GUGACAACCAGGGCAUCCCCCUCAUGUCCAACAUCAAGCUGCGGGAGGAGCAGCGCAUGACCACCACCAGCCCUUGGAUGUUCCCGACCAGCCUGGCCUGGCCCGAGACCCAUGUUUUCAUCUCCACACCCUCCUACAACUACACCUACCGGGACUACCGGCGCUUCUUCACCGACGUCAACCUGGAGGAUGGCUGGUACAUGUGGGAGGACAUGAAGGACCUGCUGAAGGGCUUACCCCCUCCCGGGGUGGACACCUAUUGCAUCUACGGCACGGGCUACCCCACCGUGGAGACUUACAUCUACGACGAACAUUUCCCUUACGAGGACCCCGUGGACAUGAUCUAUGGUGACGGGGACGACACCGUCAACACGCGCAGCUCGGAGCUGUGCAAGCGAUGGCGUGGCCAGCAAAAGCAGAAAGUGCACGUCCAGGAGCUGCGAGGCGUUGACCACCUGAACAUGGUCUUCAGCAACCUGACGCUCAGUUCCAUCAACGAGAUCCUGCUGGGGAGCCCCCCAGAGCAGGGGGGGCCGGGGCAGGGGAGGUCCAGCCCCCAGGCAGGGAAGCGGGGGAAGAUCCUGCCCGGGUGGAAGGUCCCUAAGGAGCCCAAUAAGAACUGA